AGUUUAAAGUCGAAAUUCUGAAUGGAGAAUUAUUUAGAACUCUAUUUUGUGUCUAUGAUAACAUUUUUAAAAGUUAGCAAUGGUUGCAAUGAUGGUUGGUUUGAGUAUGGAAGGUUUUGCUAUUUUUUUCAAAAUAAAAUAUUGAAAAGAAAAAGUUGGAAUGAUGCUUUAUUAUCGUGUCAAGAUAUGGGUGCGCAUUUGUUAAGUAUUGAGGAUCAAGCUGAAAAUACUUUUAUUAAAAACAUUCUUAAAGAUGACAGCCUGAAAAAAGAUAAUUACUGGAUUGGUCUUAAUGAUGAUUGCAAUAUUAGAGAGUUUAAAUGGUCAGAUAAUAAAUAUUUACAGUUUUCCAAUUGGUUACCAAAUAAACCAGACAACCUUCUAUUCGGAGAAAACUGUGUAAAAACAAAUAUAAAUGGUUGGGAUGAUUAUGAUUGUAAUAAUUAUGAUGGGUUUAUUUGUAAAUCCUUAAAAGAAAAUAACGAUUCUUGUGCAAAUGGUUGGUUAAGCUAUAAAAAUUAUUGUUACUUGUUUCAAAAUGAAUACGAAACUUUUUAUGGAAAUGAUUGGAUAGACUCUUAUUCAUUAUGUCGCUCAAAAGGAGGAAAUUUGUUAAGUAUAGAAGAUCAAGAAGAAAAUUCAUUUAUUACAAGUAUUCUAGAGAGUGAUAAUAUGAUAUAUCAGAACUUCUGGAUUGGCCUCAAUUAUCUUAUGAGUCAUAAAAGGUUUGUUUGGUCUGAUCAAACUAAAUGGAAUUUAAAAUUCCCUAUUGAAACUAUAUUAAAUGAAACAAGUGAUCUUUUAAGUACAGUAACAAGAUGUGUUGUAAUAAAUGCUGAAAGUUGGAAUGCUCAUAAUUGUUCUGAUAACUAUGGAUAUAUUUGUAAAGUAAAAAAAGGAAAAAACAAUCAUUGCGCCAGUGAUUGGUUUGAAUUCAAUAGUUAUUGCUAUUAUUUUCAAAGUACAGCUGAUGGAAAUGCAAGAAUAUGGGAGCAAUCUUAUUUUAAUUGCUUAGAAAAAGGAGGAAAUUUGUUAAGCAUAAGUGAUGAAACAGAAAACGCAUUUAUUUUAAACAUUCUUAAAAACCGCAGCAUACAUAAAGAUAAAUACUGGAUUGGUCUAACUGAUCGUUGGUAUCAUUCAUGGUUUUUGUGGUCUGAUAAUACAUACCCACAGUAUAUGUAUUCUAAGUUUUCUGGGUUGUUUGAAAUAGAAAAUAAAAGUUGUGUUAUAAUAAAUAAAACAUUUUGGGAAAUAAAGAAUUGCAAUUCUUUAAACAGAUUUAUUUGUAAAAGUAAAAGAGCAACCAACAAUAAUUGUGCCGAAGGUUGGAUAGUUUAUAAAAAAUAUUGCUACUUUGUUAGUAGUUUAAAUGAACCGCAUGUAUAUACUUGGAUGGAAUCUUUUUCAACAUGUCAGUCUAAAGGAGGAAAUUUGCUAAGUAUAGAAAAUCAAGAAGAAAACCAAUUCAUACAAAACAAUUUAAUCAAAGAUAAUAGUGAUUAUUGGAUUGGCCUCAAUAAACUUUGGAAUUACAAAAAAUUUGUGUGGUCUGAUAAUACAUUCACACAAUUCUUCAAUUGGAGAAAAAGUAGACCACAUAAUUAUGAAAAAAUAAAAUAUUGUGUAGAAAUGAAUUCCGAUGGAUGGAACGACGAAGACUGCAGUUCUCUAAAUGGAUUUAUUUGUAAAGCUGAAAGAGUUAAUUUAGAGUAUGUUAAUCACAAAGACGAAUUUAUUCUAACCAAAGGUUUUCUUAUUGGAACUCUUAAAGUUUUAAAAAAGGAGCACACUAUUUCAUUUAAUUUGAAACCAAAGAUUUAUUCAAAAGGUUUGAAAAGUGUUCUUCAACUUAUCACAACUAAUAACAGUCAAGAAUAUAGUGAUAAAGUUCUAAGUGUAUGGUUUCAUGAAGACGGAUCUGGAAGACUUGUUAUACAAGCUUCAGCCAAUGGUAAUAGUAAUUGCUUAGUUAAAACAAAUCCGCUAAAUUUGGGUCACUGGUCUUUUAUAAAGAUAUACCAGUGGCUAUUUUGCAGUAAAUAUUGGUUUGCCGUGGAUGUAAAUGGUAAAAAUAUCCAUCAAGUAGAAAACUGUUUAACUACAGAUUUUAAAGAGAUUAUGGUUUAUGUUUCAAAUCUCUCGGAUGAUGCACAAAAUGGAUCAAUAUCUGACUUGUUGAUUAACAAUGGAAAACCAAAAUAUCUUAUUGAGCAUAAUAAUACUCCAUUAGUGAAAGAAAAGAUCAAUGCUCAAAUACUAAAGUUAAACAAAGAGUAUCUUGUGUCUUUUGAUUUUAAUCCAUCGUUAUUUGAGAUUGGACUGCAGCAAUAUAGAAAUCAAUCAACUCCUAUAUUUUCUUUUCCAACAAAUGAAGAUCUAAAAAAUAGAUUGAUUCGAUUUGUAAACAGAAAAAAUUGGCAACCAACUUCCUCAUCAGUAGUCUGUGUAAAACAUCUUGAGAAUAAACUUAUAAAAAAGGGCGAACAAGAUAUUAGAUUCUGUUUGAUUAAAGCCUUAAAGCCAGUCCCUACAAUUUAUCCAGAUUAUAUGGAAACAACGUCUUUAUUACCUGCAAUUUCAAUAGCAAGAAGAUCUCUUAAAAAAAGGCUUUUUCAAGAAGACGAGUUAAAAGAAAAUAUACCCUGCAUUAUUAAUAUUUCUCCAGUUACUAAAAUCAAUAUGGAGUGUUUAAGAGAUGAAAUUUUGAGCUGCUUAGAUAUUUUAACGAAGAGUGGUUUUAGAGUCAGAGGUAUUUUUUUGUCAUUUUUUGAUGAUAUUACUAUCAAGUUUGGUGUAACUUCAUGGAAACUGUUGCACAAUGUUUAUGAAAAGGAUAAAAACUUGGAUGCAAAUUUAAGAAAAGCUCCUAGAUUUUGCAAUAAAGUUUUACACCCAGUUUCCUGCAUCUUUUCAACGUGUGGUGGACAAUCUCCAACUCAUAAGAUCAAUUUUGUUUCAGUUAGAGACUUGGAAGAGCAGCGAUUAAAGAUAAAUGUAGAUUGCGCUGACCCAUCAGAACUCAAAGACUUUUCUGAAGAAAUAAACCUGAUGAAGGAAAUCGAAUAUCAUAAAAAUAUUGUAAAUUUGAUUGGCUGUUCAACAAUUAGGAAACCAUUAUGUUUAAUUGUUGAGUAUAUGGAGCACGGAGAUUUGUUGAAUUUCUUAAGAAAGAGACGGACCAAAUUUUGUGCUUUUUAUACUGACAGAAAAUCGUCUGUAAACUUUAUGUAUACACAAGGAUAUCAGCAAUCUCUUAAGACAACAACAAUUAAAGCGGGUGAUUCAUCUUUGGGAGUUAUUCAUAAUGGAAUUCCGUCAGAAGAUAUUGGAAUAAUAACGCCUGAUGAUUUGCUUCGUUUUGCUUGGCAAGUGGCGUCAGGAAUGGAGUUUCUUUCGUUUUCUAAGUUGGUUCAUCGAGAUCUGGCAGCUAGAAAUAUUUUGGUUGGAUCAGGAAAAACUGUAAAAAUAUCUGAUUUUGGUCUCACACGAAAAAUUAAUGAUGAAUUAAAUUAUAUGAGCAAGAAAAAACGUCGUUUACCGGUCAAAUGGAUGUCUAUUGAAGCCAUAUAUCACCAGCUCUUUACAUCCUUUAGCGAUGUGUGGGCAUAUGGUGUUGUUUUGUUUGAAAUUAUAACUUUAGGAGGUACGCCUUAUCCUGGUAUAAGUAAUCGUGAACUUCUCUCUCUUUUGAAAUCUGGUUAUCGAAUGGAAAAACCUGAAAACUGCUCUGAAACAAUGUACGACAUUAUGUUGCAGUGUUGGAAUGAGGAUCCAUUAAAACGUCCAACUUUUACAACACUACGUGAUUACUUUGAUGAGGUAAUGUCUCAAGGUGGCUGUUAUCUCAAUUUCGAAUUUAACGAGAAUACUGCGCCGUUAUUUUUGCCGUUGGAAACAGAUAAUGAUGAAGAUAGUAUAAUAGAAGACGAGAUUUUCCAAUAUCAAGUAAAGUCAAUUGAAGAAAUAAAAAAACUUCGCGGAGAAUCCAUUCUUCCAUUAAACGAUAGAUAUACAAGUAUUAAAAUAAACUAGAUAGAUAUACAAAUAUAAAAGUCAAACGAAAAAGUUAUUUAUAACUCAAGUUUUUACUUUUGCUUUAAAAUUAUGUAACAUGUCUUUGCUAAAGUAAACUGGUUAAAUUUUGGUUAUCAAAAUACGUAGACUUGAACUUUGCGUUUCUUUCAGAAAACAUAAGACAAUUUAUGCGUUUACAUUUGCACUCACAAAAUCAUCUGAGUUUGAUUUAUCAUUAGACUUUUAUAAUAUUUUUUAAUUGUUAUAACUAUUAAACAGAUUAAAUAUAUGUAUCUUAGAAACAGUA